AUGGGGAUUAUGGGGAUUCCAAUGGCAAAGAAUCUUCUCAAGGCAGGUUAUUCCGUCACAGUGUGGAAUCGCAGUCCAGAGAAAUGUGUUCCAUUGGUGGAAUGUGGAGCACAGCAAGCCAACAGCCCGGCAGAGGUCGUCAACCAGUGCGACGUAACCUUUGCGAUGCUGGCGGACCCAAAAGCAGCGAAGGAUGUUGUGUAUGGAACAGACGACAUUCAAGGAGUUCUCAGCGAAAUCAAAGAGGGAAAAGCGUAUGUGGAUGUCAGUACAGUCUCGGACGAUUGCAGCAGGCAAAUUUGUGCUUCCAUCAAGGAGAAGGGAGGAAGGUUUCUUGAGGCUCCUGUCUCUGGUAGUAAGAAGCCUGCUGAAGAUGGAACCCUGAUUUUCCUGUGUGCCGGCGACAAGUCGCUCUAUGAUGAGGUUCUCCCUGCACUCAACGCGAUGGGAAAGAAGAGCGUAUUUUUAGGUGAGGUCGGAGCAGGAGCCAAGAUGAAACUAGUCGUCAACAUGAUCAUGACAAGCAUGCUGAGUGCGUUCUCUGAGGGCAUGGCGCUUGCCUCUUCCACCGGGUUGCAGAUAUCGGAUCUGCUUGAUGUCGUUGACUCUGGAGCCAUCGCUAGCCCCAUGUUCAAGCUCAAGGGGCCUCUCAUGAAUCAGGGCAAGUACGACCCCGCUUUCCCGCUGAAGCAUGCAAGAAAGGAUAUCAACCUUGCGCUCCUACUUGCAAGCCAAAACGAGUUGGAGCUACCAGUUUCUGCUGCAGCCAGUCAACAAUAUCUCAAGGCUGAAGCCAAGGGGGCGGGGGGCCUUGACUUCUCCGCUGUACACCGCAUUUAUCAGGACCACCAGAGCUAA